AAAAAAAAAAAAAAAUCUAGAAGAUAAAAGAGCAUGUUAUCUGGAAGUCCAUUCCACCCCCAUGGUUAUUAAUUUCAGAACACAUCUGAAUUCCUUCUCUGGGGAACAGACAGCUCCUGGCCGGGUCAGAUUUCAGGUUCUCAUCUGUUUCUACCAAUGCCACUACCAGAAUCUUCUUUGUAGUCAACCUCUGAAGUCUUCCCUGAGUACAACUUGGUGUCUGAAGAUCCAGUCAAGUGUCUGUGGUCAUCAGUCUCUUCACAAAAUCACAGUCUCCUCUCUUGGCAAAUCAAUAACUGCCCUUAGCUUUGCUUUUGGAAACAACUUCUCCCCGGGAUCUUACUUCCCAGCAUGGAGACAAAGAGCUUCGCAGUUUGGGAUUAUGUUGUAUUUGCAGCCCUCUUUGUCAUUUCCUCUGGAAUUGGGGUGUUCUUUGCUAUUAAGGAGAGGAAAAAGGCAACUUCAAGGGAGUUCCUUGUUGGGGGAAGGCAAAUGAGCUUUGGUCCUGUAGCGUUGUCCCUAACAGCCAGCUUCAUGUCAGCUGUCACUGUCCUGGGGGCUCCCUCUGAGGUGUACCGCUUUGGGGCAUCUUUUGUACUCUUCUUUAUUGCAUAUGCAUUUGUCAUCAUCCUCACGUCAGAGCUCUAUCUCCCCGUGUUCUACAGAUCUGGCAUCACCAGCACUUACGAGUACUUACAACUGCGAUUCAAUAAACCAGUACGCUUCGCGGCCACUGUCAUCUACAUUGUGCAGACGAUUCUCUACACAGGAGUGGUGGUGUAUGCACCUGCACUGGCGCUCAAUCAAGUGACUGGGUUUGAUCUCUGGGGCUCUGUGUUUGCAACAGGAAUUGUUUGCACAUUCUACUGUACCCUGGGAGGAUUAAAAGCAGUGGUGUGGACAGAUGCAUUUCAGAUGGUUGUCAUGAUUGUGGGCUUCUUAACAGUUCUCAUUCAAGGAUCAGCUCAUGCUGGUGGAUUGCACAAUGUCAUAGAGCACUCGACAAAUGGAUCUCGACUAAAUAUAUUUGACUUUGAUGUAGAUCCUCUCAGGCGGCACACUUUUUGGACAAUCUCAGUGGGAGGAACUUUCACCUGGCUCGGGAUCUAUGGAGUUAAUCAGUCCACCAUACAGCGAUGCAUCUCUUGCAAAACAGAAAAACAUGCAAAACUAGCCUUGUAUUUUAACUUGUUGGGUCUCUGGAUCAUUCUGGUGUGUGCUGUCUUCUCUGGCUUAAUCAUGUACUCCCACUUCAGAGAUUGUGACCCUUGGACUUCUGGCAUUAUCUCAGCACCAGACCAGCUGAUGCCAUACUUUGUCAUGGAGGUAUUUUCCACGAUGCCAGGACUGCCUGGACUCUUCGUGGCUUGUGCCUUCAGUGGAACUCUGAGCACCGUGGCUGCCAGCAUCAAUGCCUUAGCAACAGUGACCUUUGAGGAUUUUGUCAAGAGCUGUUUCCCCCAUCUCUCCGACAAGCUGAGCACCUGGAUCAGUAAAGGCUUAUGUCUCUUGUUUGGCGUGAUGUGCACCUCCAUGGCUGUCGCUGCAUCGCUCAUGGGGGGCGUUGUGCAGGCUGCUCUCAGCAUCCACGGCAUGUGCGGGGGACCAAUGCUGGGUUUGUUCUCUCUGGGAAUCGUGUUCCCUUUUGUGAACUGGAAGGGUGCAUUAGGUGGCCUUCUGACUGGAAUCACCUUGUCAUUUUGGGUGGCCAUUGGGGCCUUCAUCUACCCAGCACCAGACUCCAAGACAUGGCCCCUGCCUUUAUCCACAGAGCAUUGUAUCCCGUCAAAUGUGACAACGUCAGUGCCUACAGUGUUACAUAGCAGACCUGCCAUCGCCGACACCUGGUAUUCGCUCUCCUACCUUUACUACAGUGCAGUGGGCUGCCUCGGAUGCAUUGCUGCUGGAAUAAUCAUUAGCUUCGUAACAGGUCAAGAGAGUGGCAAGGAUAUUCAACCACUGCUAAUUAGACCAGUUUGCAAUUUAGUUUGCUUUUGGUCUGAGAAAUACAAACGACUGUGCUGGUGUGGUGUCCAGCAUGAUGGUGGAACGGAGCAGGAAAACCUUGAGAAUGGCAGUUCCUGGAAACAAGGGGCUGAAUCUGUCUUACAGAAUGGACUCAAGCAGGAAAACCUGGUCCAUAUUCCAGGCCAUGAUCUGAAGGACAACAGCUACAACAGUUUGGCGUUUGAGAAGACUACCCAUUUCUAA